AUGGAAGGUUUGCUAGAACCGCUACCGCUGAAAUUCAGGAAAAGAGUGCCAAAAGCGUGCGACCAUUGUCGCAAACGGAAGAUCAAGUGCGGCGCUGUCAACACGGCUACUGGCCUGUGCGACAACUGCACAAAAUUCAAUGUUGCUUGCACGUUCAAACACCACGACGAGCUUGAGAGACACCGGCAAAACUCCGAGAUGGAAAGGCUGCGAGUUGGGAGUGGAGUCAAGAAACCGCACACGAAAACGAACGACAGCGGCUCGGGAUACGAGGCGCAGGUGAUAGAAUCCACAGCUUCUACAGGGCUGCAGUCCAAAUCGCUGUUGCUGGAAAGGAAAUUGGAGUCGCUCGAGACGCAGCUGGCAAGUCUCAUCGCGAUGAUGUCGAGCCAGCCACAGCAGCAAACAGCGCAGAAGCGCGAUUCAGAGCUGCAACAGCGAAAACAAGAGCUGCAACCUUAUUUUAGUGGACGGAUGCAUACGCCUGACGUUUCCCCACGUCCCAAGCAAAAACGCUACACCACGUCACUCCUGACCAAGCGUCGCAUUGCGUGGCUUCGGAAGAAAGCUCGCUCGUGUUGUGGUCACGAUAACAACGCUAAUGAUAGAGCUCGAACUGAAGUGGAUAUGCCCGCGCCUAUGACUUUUUCGCCCUUGAUGGACGUUUUCGUAACUUCGUCCAAAUGGUACGUCGCUGAGGUCAAAAAAAUCAUCGAUUUUUCAAACCCGUUUGUACCGCUGCACAGCCCGCAAAUGUAUCCGCUGCCCCCGCAGCAUGAAAUUAUGGAUGGUCUGAAAGCUUACAAUACUCAAAUCUUCACCGGUGGCUAUACCAUAGUUCGGGGGUCGGAACUCUUGAACCUGUUUGAAAAACACUUUGCGGGCGAGAAACUCUCUUAUUCUGAACUUUUGCUACUUGACAUUUCUGUGUGUAUCAGCACGGCUUACGAUUUCACGUCGACAGACGACUAUUUUCUAAAAGAGGGAACUGCCGAGCUUCUCACGCGCGAGAGCCACAUGCUCCUCAAUUCCAUGUAUCAGUACCACAAGGUAUCACUACUCAGCGAGGGCUUUAGAUCAGUGCAGGCGCUUCUCUUGCUAUACCAGUACGUGCAUUCCAAAGUCAGCGCAGACGUUGCCUACAAUAUCUUUUGCGUAGCCCAAAGGUAUGCACAAGACAUUGGUCUGCACAAACGCGAAACCUAUCAUGGUUUGAAUUUCCAAGACGCAUGCCAAAGGCUUAAAAUUUGGUUUCUGUGCGUCUCCAUCGACGCUCAGCUGUCUUUGGCGUUUGGUCGGCCACAGCUCAUUAAUUUUGCCGAAAUUGACCUUUUUACACAAGAGUUCUACACAGACUUCAUCAAAACUCAUCAGUUAUUACCACAGACAGAAUUUGUUUCUGACAGCGUCGGAGAAACUAAUAGCGUUGACCAGUCGAUGUCAAUAUUUCUUAACGGCCCAGAUACGGUACUAAUCGCGGCAUCUCACUAUGGAAUGGAGCUGAACCGUAUAUCUACCAGAAUCUACAAGUCACUCCUCGCUAGUGAUGCUAUGGCCGAAGGUACAUUUGAUCAGGUACUAGAACGAGCUGUUAAUCUCAUAAAUGAUCUAAAAGAAUGGGAAACUUCGCUUCCAGCGGCUUUGUCACUGAACAAUUACGAGGAGCACAUUAGAAGCCUUAAAAAUUCUUCGAACGAACAACUUUCAAAAGUCAACAUCGAACUUCUUUCAACUAGCGUCCUGUACAUCCACUUUGAGCGCUUGUAUUUAUUAAUUUUGGUCUGUCAUAUGGUAUGCGCUUUCGUCGUCGAUAAUGAAGAAAUUCACUCUCAAUCCCGCUACAACACGGUUCUUAUCAAAAGUAACUUGCUUAAGGACAUGCGUGCUGCUGGCAUGCAAGUCAUCAUGCUAUGGCCCAGAGUGAAAUGUGUACCGCAUAUGUUGCACAGGCUGUUUUACGUCUUCAGCGUAGGUGCUUACAUCUUACUUUUCACAUCGAUCGGUUUCGCUCAUCAGGAAGAAAGCGCAGAGUACAUCAGCGCUCUUUGUACCACUUACGAAUAUCUCCUUCAGGCUGGAGACAUUAAAGUGUUAAAGGACAAUAUUAAAUGGAACGUUUCAAUGUUCAUUUACACAUUUUUACUAACGUUGGCAAUCAAGUGUUUCCAAUCUUGCAACCCAUUGGAAGCGAAGUACAAAUUCGACGAUACUGCUUUGACGGAGAAACUCGGAUAUUGGAUGACGCGAUGUGAACUGAACAAGAACAUUGCAGUAGACCAAUUACGGGAGCAUAUAAAUAUUUUUGCUCCCUCUGUUGAUCUUGUUACGGAAGGAUCCGAAGGCUGUAUGAUCCCACCUGGUAGCACCGGCGCCGACGUCGAGCUACCUAGAGUACUGCAUCUCUUCAGUGAGAUUGAUGUGAAUGACUUAAAUUGUCUUCUAUCUUCGCUCCCAAUUCAGAUAACAUCGUUCGACAAGAUGUGCGGUGGGUUGCAGAGUGUUGAGAGUAACCCAACACCGGCUACUUUCGCUCAGCCUUCGCCCGGUGUGGACGUCAACCUAGUCCCUGGUUUAGAACAAAAUUUUAGUAUGGAUUUCGGACCCGGUGAUGAGACGCAAGAGCUUGUCCCACCUGAACUUGGGGACCAGUCGGAGUUUGAGCAGAUUUUGGACAAUAUGGUUUUUGAGAGAGAUUUCAUUUUCCCGGCCAUGAUGUGA